UGUCAGUCAAUGUGACUUGUAUCUACUACUGCUAGUCAUGAAGAAAUUAUAAUAAUAAUAAUUAUACAGACUAUUUAUCUUAAGUUGAAGCAGCCAAUUGGUUGUUGGUCCAAAAUGGAUGCUCAAUUUAAUUCCGAAAUUUGGAUGACUAUAAUGAAUGGUUGCAGAAUGUGAGUAAGGAAUAGUGAAUGUGGGAGUCAGACACAUGUUUGUUUGCAAUUACUGGAGUCUCAGAUGGGUUCAAGAAAAUCUGUUCGAAACCUUGGGGAGACUCUUGAAUCGCUGCUGGGGCUAAAGGCACAUCUAACUCCCAACUGGGUCAAAUCAGUCUGCGACAUACUAAAAACCCUCCCAUCCAACUUAACAGAUGCUAAAGAAGAAGAUGAUGAUAAUGAUUCUUGCAAUACCAUUUCCAAGAUAAAAGAUGAACUUGCUGCUUUAACUACCUCCAUAAAUCAAUUGAACAUACAGAGAAGGCAGGCACUUAAUGAUUUUCUCUACUUGAAAGGGAACAUUCGUGUAUUUUGUCGCAUAAGGCCUAUUACAUUGGGGGAGAAUUUUGGUCGGGUAGUGGCUGUAAAUUCAAGUGAUGUUCUUCUAAAACUUGCUGAUAAUAAGAGCAAGAGUUACACUUUUGACAGGGUUUUCCACCCAGGAGCAGUACAAGAUGAAGUUUUUUCUGAAGUUGAACCAGUUAUCAAAUCAGUCCUUGAUGGUUACAAUGCCUGCAUUUUUGCCUAUGGGCAGACGGGCACGGGAAAAACUUUCACAAUGGAAGGUACGCCAGAUGAACCUGGGGUGGUGCCUCGCACAUUUGAAGCACUCUUUAAACAAGCAGUUGAGAGUAACCAUUCGUUUCUCAUCAAUUUCAGUAUGCUUGAAAUUUACAUGGGAAAUCUCAAGGACUUGCUCCUCCCCAAGCCAACAAGACCAACAGAUCCUAUAUCAGCUUGCCUUUCAGUUCAAACAGAUCCAGAAGGAGGAAUUGAAAUUGACAACCUUGUGUCAAUUCAAGUGAAUGAUUUCCACCAAGCUUUGAGGCUGUACAGAUUAGGUUGUCGUUUCAGAUCAACUGCCUCAACAAACUCCAACAUAACUUCUAGCCGAUCCCAUUGCAUGAUACGCAUAGUAAUAACAUGCUUUGAUGCUCCUGAGAGGCGACGAAAAAAAAAUAAAAUUUGGUUAGUGGACCUUGGAGGAAGUGAGCGUGUCCUCAAGACAAAGGCAUGGGGAAAAAGACUUGACGAAGGAAAGGCUAUCAAUUUGUCUCUCUCUGCUCUUGGAGAUGUUAUUAAUGCCCUCCAGAGGAAAAAGCGGCACAUACCUUACAGGAAUAGCAAGCUGACACAAGUUCUUAAAGAUUCUCUGGGUGAUGAUUCAAAAACGCUAAUGCUAGUCCAUGUCAGUCCUAAAGAAGAAGAUUUGUGUGAGACCAUAUGUUCUUUAAAUUUAGCAACAAGGGCAAAAAACAUUCACCUAGGAAACGAGGAUAUAAUAGAAGUAAGAGAGCAGAAGAAAGUAGCAAUGGAAAAUCUGCAGGAAAAGAUGAUAGAGAUUGAACAUGAGAGACUGCAUGCUAGAAGAGAAAUUGAAAAAUUAGAGAAGAAAUUAGAAAAACUAACAGGAAAAAGCUUAGCUUAUGAAGAGCAACUUGAGGCACAUAGUAUUGCUGAAGAGCCACUUACGAAGAACAGCGCUGCAGAUACUGCAGUAGCACCCAUUUCAAAGUUACCAAGAUUUAUGAGGGCAACCAUUUGCAGCCAACGGAAAUCAGGGACAAUUUUCCAAGCCUCAGAUAGUAACAUCCCAGUGCCAGAAAGAAGAAGGCCAUCCUCUCAUCGUGCUGAGUCUGUGACUUUCCCUGUGAAGGAUCACUCAGAUUUCAAAUCAGAUCAUAGUGUUACCAGAGCUAGCUGUUUGGUGGGACUGGACACAAGAAAUAAUGCUGAUAAUGCAACAGAAUACAGCCAAGAAACAUCUGAAAUUGAUGUUAAAAUGACUGAUCUCAGAGAGCAAGAAAAAGCAUCAAGGAGUUCAGCUAGUCAAAUGGGUGAUAUUAGUCACAUUCAGAAAAAUACAAUUAGACGGACAGGACAGACUACUCAUAACAAAUUUUUGAAGGUUGACAAUUGGCUUGAUCUACAAAAGAAUGGAAUCAAUAUGAGUGGUUAUACUCAUAGGAUGAAGCGGGUUUUAGCUGUUCCUACUCCUGAGAAGAAACAUGGGCGAAAUGAGCAGAGAAAAACAAAGAAGUCUUUUAAUGAAGAAGCAAAUAUUUUAUACGAUUUCAGAACGCAAAAGGUAGUGAGCCAGAAUAAAAAAGACAAGCUGGUUACUGAUGGAGGAGUUGGAAGGGCCACAUCAACACUAGAGGUUGAUAAACCAUCAGUGACAAUGUUGAAGGAUUUAUUCAAUGGGGAGUCAAAAUCUAAUUCUAUUCCAGUAUCUCAGACAACUGAAGGGAAGAGAAUGAAACAAGCACAAGAAUCUCUUGAUAUUUUAUGGACAGAGGAUGAUAAAUGGAGCAUUUGUUCUCUAGAAGACUUGAAUUGUCACAGACUUUGUGAAUAUAAAGAUGAUAGAGCAAAUGCAUUGUCAAGCAUGGAAACAGUGGAAGACAAACAAAUUUCAGAUAGUUCUCAGUCGAAGACAAACCAUGGAAACUGUGAAGUUUUGCAAUCUGAUUCAGACGGCAGUAUCCAUUACAUGAAAGGGGAUUCUGGUGACUCUGUGUCCAUGUCAGAACUUGAACUAUGCUGUCAGAAACUACCCAUGGAAUCGAAUACUGAAGAUAGUGAAAGGAAUGACUCAGAAGUCUCCAUUCAAUGUUUGGCAAAAGAAAGAAGGCAUGACAUACUCCAACUGAGAGCGCAGAAAGCAUUAUUUAUGAACUUUUCAAACCGGAAAGAUUUAAUGAAGCAAAUUGAUAAAUCUCAAGAAAAAAUGCAGACUAGAGGAAUAUGUCAUGUUCUUAAACAGAAAAUCGAGACUCUAUGCGUUAGUGCUCUUCUAGGAUUGGGGUUUUACAGCCUGGGAUAUGAGCAUGAGUUCUUCUACAGUUUAAUGCUUUGAAGCAACACCAUUGGAUGAAAAAGGGAGACAUCCAUUUCUUUUUCUUUCUGUGAGGGGAAGGUGUGGAGAUUGAAGUGGGGGUUGGAUGUCAAUGGAACCUUACAAAUGCUCACUAUUCAAGCCUUAUUUUCUAUAUGCUAGAGAGCAAGUUUGAUCCUGAUGAAGCAAUGCAUUGUGCUUAAUAUUUGGGCAAUAAAGCAGGUAUAAAUGGUUUUCGUGCCUUCAGUUAAAUGAUUAAAUGAAACUCCAUGCCUACUUCUACAGCAGGAAAUAACUUCUCGAAGUUUUGCUCCAGCUUCCUUAGCUGGAAAAUAUCUCUGAACAAACAAGAGGAUGCCAAAAUUUUAGAUGUG